GAAGGUAUUCGAUUUUAUUGAUUGUGUUUCCCGGGUGAAGUUUCUAGGGCGCAUGCUCGCAAGAAAAUCGCUCGGAAAAUUCUUGACUGCGGCUGCCAGGGGAUUGCACGGAUAAAAUCGUGUUCUUGAUACCUCAAAGGUCAGCAUGGGUAAGGAGAAGACUCAUAUCAAUAUCGUGGUGAUCGGCCAUGUGGACUCUGGCAAGUCCACUACCACUGGCCAUCUCAUCUAUAAAUGCGGUGGCAUCGAUAAGAGAACUAUCGAAAAAUUCGAGAAAGAGGCCCAAGAAAUGGGUAAAGGAUCCUUUAAGUACGCUUGGGUAUUGGACAAACUGAAAGCAGAGCGUGAACGUGGCAUUACCAUCGACAUCGCACUAUGGAAGUUUGAGACGGCCAAGUAUUACGUGACCAUCAUCGAUGCGCCGGGACAUAGGGACUUCAUCAAGAACAUGAUCACCGGCACAUCCCAGGCCGACUGUGCAGUGCUGAUCGUAGCUGCUGGUACUGGUGAGUUUGAAGCCGGUAUCAGCAAGAAUGGGCAAACGCGUGAACACGCACUGCUGGCGUUCACGCUCGGCGUAAAACAGCUAAUUGUUGGCGUGAACAAAAUGGACUCCACUGAACCGCCAUACCAUGAGGCGCGAUAUGAAGAGAUUAAGAAAGAGGUGUCUUCCUACAUCAAGAAAAUUGGCUACAAUCCGGCAACGGUGGCAUUCGUGCCAAUCUCAGGCUGGCACGGUGACAACAUGCUGGAGCCCUCCGACAAAAUGCCCUGGUUCAAGGGCUGGACCAUUGACCGGAAGGAGGGCAAGGUCGAAGGGAAAACGCUCAUUGAGGCGCUGGAUGCAAUCCAGCCCCCGUCGCGUCCCACGGAGAAACCAUUACGGCUCCCGCUGCAGGACGUGUACAAGAUCGGCGGCAUCGGCACCGUGCCUGUGGGCCGCGUCGAGACCGGCAUACUGAAGCCUGGUAUGGUGGUGGUGUUCGCUCCGGCGGCCAUCACCACUGAGGUGAAGUCUGUAGAGAUGCACCACGAGGCACUGCAAGAAGCAAUGCCCGGCGACAAUGUCGGCUUCAACGUCAAGAACGUAUCCGUCAAGGAGUUGCGACGCGGGUAUGUGGCCGGUGACUCUAAGAACGCUCCGCCCAAAGGUGCCUCAGACUUCACCGCUCAGGUGAUUGUACUGAACCACCCGGGGCAGAUUAGUAACGGAUACACGCCCGUCCUGGACUGUCACACCGCUCACAUUGCAUGCAAGUUUGCCGAGAUCAAGGAGAAGUGCGAUCGUCGUACCGGUAAAACAACGGAAGUGGACCCGAAGUCGAUAAAGUCUGGUGACGCAGCGAUUGUGAUGCUGGUACCGACGAAAGCCCUCUGCGUGGAGUCGUUCCAAGAGUUUCCGCCGCUCGGCCGCUUCGCCGUGCGUGACAUGCGCCAGACUGUCGCCGUCGGUGUCAUUAAGAGCGUAACAUUCAAAGAGGUUACUACGGGAAAAAUUACCAAGGCCGCUGAGAAGGCCCAAAAGAAGAAAUAACUAUGGGGCACAUUAAACAAAGUUUUGCAGUCGGCAACCAUCAUUUGCUUAGUUGCGCCGUUUUCUCUACCACUGUCCCAGUUACCCACGUCACCUUUUUCCCAUCUCCCACAACGUAUCCCCCCAUGCAUAAGUCUCUGUUGCUUCGCCUGUAUAAAUGAAAUACAGGUAACAGUGGCACAGCUAAGAAGACAACUGGCAGACGAUGGUUGCUCUGCAUUAAACUUUACAAACUUGUACCCAUUGUCGCUGUUGAGUCGUAGCCGCGGACCGCCCCCCCUAGCCCCCCACAAUCGGAGCUUCUUCACUGGUAACAUCACGCUCAUCCUCGACGUUAUAUUAUGCAUUUAUCAUUACACAUUAUUUUUAAUGUUAGUUCGUUUCAGUUACGCUUACGUGUUAAGUUUAUGUAUUUGUGAUUAUUUUAGUAAUAAGUUACUUGACAAGUUUGAGUUUCCGUAUUUAAAAGCACGUUAUGUUUUAUUUUUCCAUCGCAAGGAGUUUAGGAGGAAAAAUAAAAAGAAAUUUGUUGAUCAUGUCAACAUUUCUAAUGCACACGACUUACUCAAUGUUGCUCUGUACAAAUUUGAUUUAGAUAUUAUAAACGUAAUGUAUGUCUUUUCCAAUUGUUUAUAUUUUAUAACUUGGUUUCAUACUAAGUGCAGUAAUGUAUUUCGUAAUAUUUGUAACACAAGUUCGAAUAUUAGGACUUUAGAAUUUCUUAAUAUUGUUUUCCCUAUAACUUGACCGUGACUGAUAUAUUGAUAUUUUCUAACUACUGAUGUUCACCGGUUUUAAACUAUAAAAAUAAUAGUGUUAAAGAUAUCUUUUUCAAUAAAAAGUUCAGUAUUUUUAUGUGGUCAAAGUUAUUAAUAUAAGGAAAACAUCAGAGUGUAGAAAAUGAGGGUAGUUGGUUGAAAACUAACGCCUUGUAGUUGAAUUUAGCAGUAUGUCGAAAGCGUUUAAAACGUUUUGAUAGAAAUUUGAACUUUAUAUGACGUAGAUAGCAUAUUUCUGUUGCGGUGUACAUUAAUUACAGUUGGAAUUUAGUUGAUCAGUUUUAUUAAAUAUAUAUAUAUACUAAAGUGUAAGUUUUGAUUUUUAACUUAAAUGUAACCAUGACAGUAACACUUUAAAUUAUGAAGUACAGAAAACUGAACUCAAGACUCAUUUUAAGCUAAAUAUAACUGUAAUUUUUCAAUAAUUUUGUAAAAUCCUUAUCCUGAUAAAACCAAUAAAGA